AUUAUAACGUGGAGAAGGCGUUCCAAGUUCGAAGUAAGUUCCAACCUCACCCACCAACCCACCUGGCCUGCUCAUAUAAAACACAAGAAGCAGCAACCUGCAAUCCUCACACCCAAAACCCUCCUCCUCUGCAAAUUUCAGUUUCCAACACCCACAGUUUCUACUCGAUCUACACUCAUAAUUAAGCUAGGGAGUCGGAGUUCCGGGUUAAGGGAUCUUAAUUGCAGCGAAAUCAAGCGGCCCCCGGUCAAGCUAGCAUGGCGUCCGUGGAUGAAAUUUUCAAGGCGCAGCGGGCUCAGGGUCCAGCUACUGUUCUAGCCAUCGGCACCGCCAAUCCAUCCAACUGUAUCUACCAAGAUGAUUUUCCUGAUUAUUACUUCCGGGUCACUAAGAGCGAGCACAUGACUGACUUGAAGAGGAAGUUCAAACGCAUAUGUGAGAAAUCAAUGAUAAAGAAGCGUUACACGCACUUGACCGAAGAUAUUUUGAAGGAAAACCCAAGCAUGUGUACGUUCAUGGAACCAUCUCUUGAUGCACGUCAGGAAAUAGGGGUGGUGGAGCUGCCGAAGCUGGCUAGAGAAGCUGCAUCCAAGGCGAUCAAAGAGUGGGGACAGCCCAAAUCCAAGAUCACCCACCUCAUCUUCUCUACCACCUUGGGUACUUCAGACAUGCCCGGUGCGGACUACCAGCUAACGAAGCUCCUCGGUCUUAAAUCCUCCGUCAAGCGGAUCAUGAUGUACCAACACGGCUGCUUUGGUGGCGGGACCGUCUUACGUGUCGCCAAGGAUUUCGCUGAGAACCACAAAGGCGCUCGCGUUCUUGCCGUGUGCGCUGAGAUCACCGCCAGCAACUUUCGCGGACCAUCCGAGUCUCACUUUGACGCAUUAGUGGGUCAGUCACUUUUUGGAGACGGAGCGGCGGCUCUGAUCGUUGGUGCGGACCCCGAUACAAGUGUUGAACGUCCUCUUUUCCAAAUUGUUUCUGCGACGCAGACACUCCUACCGGACUCCGAUGGCGCUGUUCAAGGACACAUGCUUGAAAGAGGACUGACUUUUCACUUGUUAAAGGACUUGCCUAAGAUCGCAUCGACGAACAUCGAGAGUAGCCUGGUUGAAUCUUUCGGUCCAAUCGGCAUUAGUGAUUGGAACUCCCUAUUUUGGAUUGUCCAUCCAGGUGGUCCGGCCAUUCUUGACCAAGUGGAGGCCAGACUGGGUCUCGAAGAGGAGAAACUUAAAGCAAGUCGUCAUGUUCUUAGCGAGUACGGGAACAUGUCAACUGCAUGCGUGUUGUUUAUAUUGGAUGAAAUAAGGAAGAGGUCUGUGGAGGAAGGAAAGGCUACUACUGGCGGAGGGUUGGACUGGGGCGUUCUCUUUGGGUUGGGCCCCGGUUUGACGGUCGAGACGGUCGUGUUACACAGUGUCCCGUUGGAGACCCUUCACUGAUCGAUCAUCAGUUCCGGCAAGCCAGGGAAAGAAAAUGAAUUAAACUCGCAUAUAUGGCCCGGUACUGGUACUCCGCGAUCCAAAAUGGUAAAUAAGAAUGAUAGUCGACGUGCUUUAUUAAUUAUCAUUCUAUAGUAGGUUUGUAACGAAUAAUUGACCUGCUUCUUUUUUUCUUUGAGAAUUAAACUCGCACAAUGUGUAAUCCAAUUUUUUAUUUUAUGGGUAUUCUAUUCUACUUUUA